AUGGUCUACUACUUCACCUCCAAGGCGGUGGACCCGGCCGCCUUCAUCUACGUGGGCAAGGACAAGUUUGAGACCCACAUCUACCUCCGCCUCCCAGACCCAAAGGACCCAUCCACAACAACGCCCAUGACAUGGGACGCCAUCCCCCAACCCCUCCUCACCGACCUCGCCCAGCUCACAAAAGCAAACUCCAUCGAGGGCAACAAAAAGGAUAACAUCACAAUCAUCUACACGCCCUGGUCCAACUUGAAAAAGGACGGCAGCAUGGCCGUCGGCCAAGUCUCCUUCAAGGACCCGCGUAAAGUGAAAAAGGUCCUCGUCGCGCAGCGCGAGAAUCCCAUCGUCAACAGGCUCAACAAGACUAAAGUCGAGAAGAAGCCGGAUUUGCAGCAGGAGAGGGAGGAUCGGUUGAAGGAGCUAAGGAAGAGGGAUCAGGCUUCUACUCUGGAGAGGAAACGAGAAGAGGCACGCGUCAUGCAGGAGCGCAAGGAGAAGAAAUGGCAAAAGGACCACGCGUAUGAUGAUAUCUUUACGGAAGAGAACAUGGAGGUCACGAGCAACCAGAACCGCGACGAGAACUGGGAGGAUGACUUCAUGUAG